UAGUUAACUUUGAGAGAGAAAUAUCUGAGAAAACAAAAUCGUAAUCCAUGGGCAGGGCUUCAUUUUUCUCGUUACCGCUUCACAUUGGAAGCCUCGUUUCUCAAUCUCCGCAACCGCGUCUGGUUGUGGCAGCUUCUUCCGAUGGCGCUGCCGCUUCCUCAUCAACCAAGUUGCUCACUUUUCUUGGCAAAGGUGGCUCCGGCAAAACCACCGCCGCUAUUCUCGCCGCUCAGCACUAUGCGAUGGCUGGAUUGAAUACAUGUUUAGUGAUACACAGCCAAGACACCACUGCUGACUAUCUCCUCAGCUGUAAGAUUGGAACUUCCCAUGUCGUGUGCGGCAAGAACCUUUCUGCUGUUAGGUUGGAAACAACUAAAAUGCUUCUUGAACCUCUAAAACUUCUGAAGCAAGCAGAUGCCCAACUUAAUAUGACUCAAGGCACACUUGGAGGGAUUGUUGGAGAAGAGCUUGGCAUUCUGCCUGGGAUGGACCCUUUUUUUUUGGUACUUGCACUUGAGAGGCUUGUAGGAUUUCUGGGGAUUGCAGCUUCAAAGAGUCAGCAAAAUAAUUUUGACCUAAUAAUAUAUGAUGGUAUCAGCAGUGAGGAAACCCUGCGAAUCAUUGGUGGAAGCAGUAAAGCAAGAUUGUACUUGAAACAUCUCCGCUCCUUGGCUGAGAAAACUGAACUUGGGAGAUUGGCUGCUCCUUCACUACUGAGACUUGUGGAUGAAGCCAUGAAAAUCAGUAGCAGAAAAUCUUAUUUCAAUGGGAAAAUGAGUUCAGAAAUAUGGGACAGUUUGGAUCAUAUGCUGGAGAGAGGAUCUUCUGCCUUCUCAAACCCGCAGAAAUUUGGUUGCCUCCUUGUGAUGGAUCCAAACAAUCCAACCUCAGUCAAUUCUGCAUUACGAUAUUGGGGAUGUACAAUUCAGGCCGGUGCUCAGAUUUCUGGUGCUUUUGGAAUCACCUCUCUGCAAGAAAAUUUAGAAUCAUUGGAAAGAGCAAAGAAAGAGUUUUCUCCUUUGCCUUCUGCUUUCAUAUCAAGUUUGUCAAUGAAUGGCCCGGUAGAUUGGAGCAGAGUUCUACUGGACACAGUCAAUGAAGAUGCUAGGCAUCUUCUUAAUUCACUGUCAGGACAAUGCAAUGAAAUACCAUUGCCAGUUAGAUUUGAUAAUAUAAAAAAAUUGGUUACUCUCUUCAUGCCAGGUUUUGACAAAUCAGAGAUCAAGCUAUACCAAUACAGAGGAGGAUCUGAGCUUUUGGUUGAGGCAGGAGACCAAAGACGUGUCAUUACUUUGCCUCCAGAAAUUCAAGGAAAGGUUGGCGGAGCCAAAUUUGAGGACCGAAAUCUUGUUAUUACGUUGCUAUGACCCUAUUAUUAUUAUUAUUAUUAUUAUUAUUAUUAUUUUUA